CUCGGGGGCAUUUUAGUCAGCUGCACGCGCACGUUAGCAAGGAGUCGUGACUGAGCGCGCUGACCAAACGGAACUUUCAUUUAAGUUUUGAUGUCGAAGGAGGAGGACGCCAACACAAUGGAGCCACAGAGGAAACGCUGUAAGGGGUCCGUGUGUGAGGGCGACCUGUGGGUGGCGUUCCCCGUGCUCUCCGAUCAGCUGUCCCAGGACGUCGAGCUGGUUGAGGCCUUCGCGGCGCCCAUUUUCCACAAGAAAGAGACCUCCCGAAUUCUCCACGAGCUGAACGCCGUCCGCCCGCUGAACGGCCUCCAGCACGUCAAGAGGGUGCGGCCGGUCCGGGGGGGGGGCGGCGCUCACCCCCUGGAGGUCCUGCUGUGCCUUGUCAGUGACGCGCCGGACCUGAAGGAGGUGAGCAUCGACGACCUGCUCCCCUCGGACGGAGUCCGACGCGACGGAUUAGGGGAGCCGUUCGUGGUCAAGGUCCCCGCACGCCCCCCCUUGACGCAACCCCAGUUCGAGGUGGCGAGCAAACACUGGCCCACGUCCUUCCACGAGGACAAGCAGGUGACCAUCGCCCUGAGAGGGGCGCUCUUCGGCCCGCUCCAGAAAGCCAGGAUGUCCGCGUACAUGGCGGCCGCUCUGAGCGCCGCCGAGACGGGGGCCGAGCUGGGAAUGGCGGCGGUGGGGGCCGUGGCGGUCGAUCCAGCGACGGAGAGGAUCGUCGCCGUGGGCCACGACCUCAGGGGGGAGCACCCCCUUCACCACGCCGUCAUGGUCUGCAUCGACCUGGUCGCCCGCAGCCAGGGCGGCGGAUGUUACUCCUUCGACAGGUUCCCCGCUUGCAGGUUCACGCCGCCGCCGCCCCCGGGCACAGAGGCCAGCUCGCCGCCGUACAUCUGCACGGGCUACGACCUCUACGUGACCCGGGAGCCGUGCGUGAUGUGCGCCAUGGCGCUGGUGCAUUCCCGGAUAGGCCGCGUCUUCUACGGGAGCUCGUCCCCCGACGGCGCCAUGGGGACCAAAUACAAAAUCCACUCAGAGAAAGACUUGAACCAUCACUUUGAGGUUUACAAAGGCGUGUUGGGAAAGCAGUGCGAGGAACUGGGUGGACUGGGACGACCCCGUCAAACCACCAGAGAUCAAUAACCCGUGAUCUCAGCUCAUCGUUUUAUUCCUUUUAUUACUUGUUUUUAAAUGUGCUGACUUUAUUUUAGCCUGGAGUCAUUUGACAUUUUCACAUUUAAAGUGUGACCAGCUGAAAUAAAUAAACUUCAGAA